CGAGCUCUUAACUGUGCACCAUUCAACUAGCAUCUCUUUGUUCUUCUAAGAUCAUUGUGAUCUGCCCUCCUUGUAUGGUGGUUUCGUUCCCAACGAUUCUCAUGUCGAAAGCUCCUAUCUCAUUGGUUCAUACGAAAAAGUUGACCUUGAUAAAGUCCAACUUGUCACAGUUGUUUACUAGUGUAGAAGACGGCGCUAGUGACUAUACCAUAGUGGCUAGUUUGGGAUGUAAAAACAUUGGAAAGAGCACGUUACUCAACGUCGUGUUUGGUACCGGUUUUGAAGUUGGAACAGAUCGCUUCAACACGACCACAAAAGGUAUCGACGGAAUGCUUAUUGAAGGUUCCGAUAUUGUUGUACUGGAUAAGCCACAAAGGGAUCUCGUUCUGUUCGAUGUAGAGGCGUUUGAUAGUGGUUUUCACGGUGGGAGACCCAGUGGUGAAAGUUCAGUCCGUCUUGCGACAGCAGUUUCUGACGUCAUCGUGUUGCACGUUCACAGCAGAGAUGUCGGCCGAUUGGAGGCCACAGGUUUGCCGUUAUUUAAAAACGCCAUAGAGGACGUUAUGAAACUUCGUUCGUUGGGAGUAUUAUCUUCUCAUUCAAAGAAGCUUUUGGUCGUAGUAUUUAGGGAUGUUGAAAGUGAGGAAACUAAUAGAGAAGACUUGAUCACCGCGUUCAUUGAAGACUGCAACAGUCUCUUGGGAGCACGGGAAGAAGGAUCAACGGGAAUCAAGAAAAUCUCUGACCUCUUCGACAUAGAGUUUGCUCUGUUCCCUCAUUAUGUCUUUCAUAGGCAAAGUUUUGAACGAACUGCUACUUCGCUGAGGGAACGUUUUAGAGAACCGACAUCAGAUGACUACUUUUUCAUAGAAGAUAGAUACAGCAACCCAACUCCUGCAAUGGAAAUAUCUCUUCAUAUAACACAAGUAUGGGAAAGAUUGGGAAUUGAAAGCUAUCUGGUAACAGCUCCGGAAUAUGAAAUGAAUGCGACGUUUCACUGUGAUAACUGCUUCGAACAAGCGCUAACGACUUAUUUUAGUCGCGUUCGUGAAUGGAAAAGAAAAACAGAAGAAGGUAGGAUCAUCCAAAACUUUGGUAAAGAAAGUACCGAGCUGCGUAAUGAAAUCUUGGCACUGUACGACGAUGAAGCUGCACAAUACAAAGGAACGAAGGCAUUUGAACGAAAAAGGAAAAGUCUAUUGGAACGAGUGCAACUAGAUCUGUAUACAAUGUAUUCCAAGCUAUUGAAUAAGCUUAAAGAGGUGUCAUUUGAUAUAUUUAGAGAGUCUCUCAGUCAUAUUCAGAUUUCGGAUAAUGUCGAAAAAGAUGUAAACAAAGCAAUCAAAGCUGCCGAUAAAUAUUUUUGCUCUCGUGCUGAAUUGUUGAAAUGUAAAGGAACAUCGUGGCAGUUUGAUUCUGAGAGAAAAGAAUUGUUAUCAGUUAUGAGAGAGAACGCAACAGAACGUUUGCAACUGGCGAGAAUUCAGGGAGCUUAUGUACCACCUGCAAGAAUGCCUAUCUCAUUAUCAUUGAAUUAUUUGCAUCCAAAUCCAUUUGGAAAAGAUUCAAGAUACGAAGACUUCCAAGCAGAAAAGGAAAAGGUCAAAUUUGAUCCUGGAAACACAAGAAGAGGGGGUAUAAUGGAAGCCAUGUUAGGAGGAAAAGAUAAAAUGAGGACUGGAGUUGGUAGAACAGGUUCUUCCAGCGCAACCAAAAGUCAAGGAAGUCAAGUUAUAAAGCCUGGAAAAAUUCAAUAAAAAAUUAGCAACUAGGAAAUUUUUGUGAAACGAAUUUCAUACCUAUCAUAUCAUUCAAAAAUUUUAGCCAUGUUGGCAGUUGUGCUAAUUCAACAUAGGCUACUUCUAACACCCGGUUGAAAAAAAAGAUAAAUUGCAUUUAUGACAU